AUGAGAUGGCUUUCCCAAAUCUGUGAAUAUUGGCCUCUUCGUCGAUUGGCUUCAAUCACGGAUUCAGAUGUCGAGAGCGUGUUAAAAUCAUAUGCCACCAAUCCGUCAACUUCCACGCCGCUCGACACAUCAAUUCUGGAUUCCCGCGUGUCUAAACUCCCACAAAUAAUUUUGGCUGGUUCAGGACCAGGACACCCCGACCUUCUCACUCGCGCAACUCACAAAGCCAUCCUCUCCGCUGACAUAAUUCUCGCCGACAAACUCGUUCCCUCCGGCGUUCUCGACCUAAUCCCCCGUCGAACCCCUAUUCACAUCGCGCGCAAAUUCCCUGGCAAUGCCGAACUCGCCCAACAAGAAUUAUUAUCCCUCGGACUAGCUGGUUUGCAGGCCGGCAAAACUGUUUUGCGUUUGAAACAGGGCGAUCCAUAUAUAUACGGAAGAGGAGGAGAAGAGUUUGAGUUUUUCCGAAAAGAAGGGUAUGGAGAUCGAGUUGUCGUACUUCCAGGUAUCACGAGUGCAUUGAGUGCGCCGCUGUUCGCAGGAAUACCGGCGACGCAGAGGGCGGUUAGUGAUCAAGUACUUAUAUGUACUGGAACUGGAAGAAAAGGAAAACCUACUGUGCCGCCUCAAUAUGUAGCUACUCAAACUGUGGUGUUCCUAAUGGCACUUCACAGGAUUAAGGGGCUAGUAGCUGAUCUCACCACUCACGAUUCCGAAGAUGUAAAGAUAGUCGAUGAGAACGGGGAAGUCGAUCAAAGCAGGAAAUUAUGGCCGCUAAGCACUCCAUGUGCAGUCAUAGAACGAGCAUCAUGUCCGGAUCAAAGGGUGGUGAGAACAUCUUUAGAAUGGGUCGUAGAUGCUAUUGAAGAAGUGGGUAGUAGACCACCUGGACUCUUGGUACUAGGUGCUGCGUGCGAGGUUUUGUUCAAUCAAAAUUCUAGAAAAGAGGGGAGGAAAUGGGUUACUGAAGAGGGUUUUAAGGGGUUGAAUGAUUUAGGUUUAGCUGAGAUGGGAUUAGGGGUUUGUGGUGAUGAAGGGGGGAGGCCGGAUGUGGUGAGGGGGGAUAGUUUCGGAAGGGAAUUAAAGGUUUAG